UGGAUGAGGUGGACUGUGACCGUGACAGACCUUCAGGUUUCAUGAACACAUGAGUUCAGAUGGUAUGUAAAGCAGGUCUGGUUCCUGUGUGCAUGUGCGGCAGAUUUAAUAUCAGAAGCAGCUGAAGGAAGGAUCAGCAAAUACCUGAACCCAUGGGCCUGAACAACUCCCACCCCAAGCUGUACCCGGGGGACAUCGUGGAGUAUCCCAGGAACAAAUACUUCUCACACUUCGGGAUCUACUACGGCGAGAGGGACGGCGUUCCCUACGUGGCUCACUUCACAUGUCGAGAUUCCGACUCCAAGCUGCCGCUGUUUGGCCGAGCUCUGAGGUCAGAGGUCAAACUGGAUCCGGUAGAGCUGGUGGGGAAGAAAUACAAGGUCAACAACAUGAUGGAUAACACGCACACGGCCAGAGACUUCCACAACGUAGUGAAGCCGGCCAUCGACGACAUGCUGGGCCGCGAGGUCACGUUUGACAUCCUGUUCCACAACAGCGAGCACCAGGCCACGCUCUUCAGAUAUGGAGUCAAGAAGUCUGAACAGAUAGAGACCGUCUACAAACACAUCAUGCCAGCCUGGAAGAAACUGUUCAAGCAGAAGAAGCUUUGAAAACCAAGAAGUUGAUAGACGUACUCCUCCUUCAUCCUGACAUUCAGUCAUUCAUCCUUCCUACCUCCUGUCGUCUUUUCUUCUCUAAUAACCCUUAUCCUCCAUUCCUUCCUUAGUGCCUCAGUGCCUGUUUGUAAAUUAUGACAAAUUCUUUUUUAAAUAUUCAACUGAAUAUAUUUUAAUCUGUUUUUAAAUAUGAAACUUAACGUACAGAAAAAUUAAUAUUUUAACAUUAAAAAUUAGUAAAGGAAUAAUUUCAGAUAAAGUUGUUAUUUUAGAAGGAAAUCAAGUUAUUUACUUAACACUCAGUUUUUAGAUGUUCUUCCAGUUGGUACAUUUUUUUAUAUAUAUAUAUAUUUUAUGAUCUGAGUUAUUGAUAAUCAGCUACUGUGAGUUCAUUCGUUUUUAUUUAGUCAUCUCUGUGUUUUGUUCUCGUUUUAUCUUGUUUUUGUUGUUGUUGUUUUUUUUUGUUUUUUUCAGAAAAAUAAAGUUUUACCUUCCAGAA